AUGAACCAAGAUCCUCCAGGCGACCCUUUAAUGCCGAUACCUCGGCUCCCACUUUUAUAUGAACCUCUUUCGGUACUCAUAACGUUGGGGGAAGUUAGAGGCAGCCGCAUCAAGCCUAUCAAUGUACCGCAGGAUAAUUCUAGUUUCAACGUUUUUAACAGUCAUAGGUCCUUCGUGGAUGCACUUGCCUACGCCUGCGCAUACAAGAAGGAACCUGCCUAUGUUACUGCGGUCGCGUUGGAAAAGAGACCUGAAGAAAUAGUGGUUUUGUUGGCAGCGAACAAAGGUGUAGACGAUUCAGUUGUCAGAUUCGUUCACGAUAUCUUGAGAAUUGUCCAAUGGCUGGCAACAAACCCAUCGGCUCAACUGAGCAGUGAGGAUGGCAAAGCAGCCCGGCAACUUUUGACGAGCAAAGUGUUGCGCUUCAAUGCUCCCAAGAUCUAUACGUAUUAUGAGACAAUUGUGAAAAAAGCAGCUCCUGCAGUAAUGCGCAAGCUCUCUAGUGGGCAGUAUGAAGGUAAUCAUGAGAUCGCCAAAUUCAAACAAUGGCUGUCCCAAAACCUGCAGAGAGACGGUUUACAACUCCAAGAAGCGGAUAUGGAGAAUUUGGCCGCCAUAAGUCACAACUCACGACCUAUUUUCGAGGUCCUCCGGCACUUAGCCAUGGAAUCACAUGAGCCCCAACCAUUCGAGCGACUCUUUAAGUUGCUCAAUAAGCUUGGAAAGCAUGUGAUCAUGAGCAAACGAAUAGUGGAAAGCACCAUGGUUUUACGUUCGGAUUUUGCGCGUGGGAUGAGGGUCGAGAGGAUUCCUGGGUCUCAAGAGGUUCCCCUUCCCUUUUCGCGCCGCAAGUACAACAUUGAUGGUAUUAGCAAUCGGAUGUUCCGGGAUCCAGCAGAGAAGGAGAGGUUUGUUGCCCGUCUGAGAACAAUUUACGACGCAACCGAAUUGGACAAGUUGUUGACUGAGAAUCAUCUUCCGCGUAAAACCAUCGUGCAUGCGGAGAUACUGAUUCUCGAUCAUUUUGAGAAGACCGGAGGGGACUUUCUCAACAAUGCUGAUAAAUACAUUGGAUGCAGCAAGCCUGCCUGUUAUCUUUGCUAUCAGUACAUCCGCUAUCACCCAGGCCGCUAUAAACUCCCUCCAUCGCACCAGAAACUGUACAUGAAGUGGCGCCUUCCCGAUAUUAGGGAAAGUGAACCGAACGCUGCCACCCGUUUCAGAAACCAAGAACAGAUUCUUAGGAAUAUGACAGAUUUUGUGCGAACGGAGUUGAGAAAUGACAUCGAAAAUUGCGUGGGCAAGCUGAAGGGACAUCCUGACUCAACUGCAGGGGGAACUUCGACCAUGUUUGAAAUUGAGACAGGGCUAGAGGCCGACAUGGGUUCUUUAUCUUUCCAAGAGCUUCGGCAGCAAAUCGACCCCGACUUCCAAUUCGUCGUUGUUCCCAAGCCAGUCAGCAGCGCCAGUAGUGCCUCUAGCAUUUACUCGCGUUCUAGCGCGGAUACUGCAGUGUCUGAAGGGGAUGGAACUGAAUACGAUAGCGAUGGGGGAGUGGAAGUCUAG